AUGUUCUUGCGCAAUAUAACUGGCUCCAAUAUCGAAUACAAAGACAUCGAGAUCGGAAUCGGUGACGCGGCAAGUCUCCCAGCAUAUUUUGCGCUUGCGUUAGAGACCGCUCAUCAUGGAGGAAAGGCAGAGGAUUUAUUGGAUGAGUGGCUCCACGUUGUGCUUUCUGAAAACUAUAAUGAUAGAAGAAUCACACGAGAGGCAUUGGAUCAUUCAACCCAGGAAGCGGAGCAGGACAUUCCAACUCCAUUUUCGUGUAGAUUGACGAUCAGGAAUCCAGCGGUCUUCUCGAAAGCAAUACAACACUUAUUAGCUGCGCGCCAGCUUGUUGAAGAUGACACGCAAGUAGCUAUUGAUCUAUUUAAUCAAAAUCCUUGCUUGCCAGAACCGAUUAUUCGUAGUUGGUUAGUACGCCUUAGAGAUAUAGGAAGCCCAGAGCUACUUAAAUCUCUUGAAGGACUGGUUGCAGGUUCUGGGGUAAAUGCACAACUAGGCGCGCUAUUAGUUUCAGAUUUCAUCUCUUCGUCCAGUCCACUGCAUCAACGAGUUUCCAAUCACAUACUAGCGAUCAUCAAAGAAGGCACAUUACCCAUCACCCAAAGACUAAAAGCCGGCCGUACAAUUUCUCUACUUGGAGAUCCUCGAGAUCUAACAUCACUCACUACCGUUCCUUCCAACACAUUCACAAUCGGUUCUUCCACCCACCCAAAUUCAUCACCUCCCCGUUCUAUCACCAUUUCCUCGUACCGUAUCGGCGUCUUCCCAGUUGUGAAUCGAGAAUAUGCGAUUUUUAUCAAAGAAACAGGACGGAAAAGGAAUAGUCCUGAUGGUUUACCCCCCUCUAAAGAUAAUUUCCCGGCUACAGAUCUCACCUGGUACGAUGCGCGCGCGUAUUGUACCUGGUUAACAGCACGCUGGCAAGCAUCCGGGAAGAUUGCUCUCGAUGAGGAAGUCCGUUUACCCACUGAGCCGGAAUGGGAAAUUGCUGCUCGAGGUUCUCAGGUAUCUGGCAAUGAAAUAGAAUCAUUGUAUCCAUGGGGCACAGAAUGGAGCGCGGGUUAUGUUAAUUUCAAAGGGUUACCAUUCACCGAGCGAUGUUCCGUUGGUUUAUUCCCUAAGAAUGUUUCUCCAUUCGGAUGUUUCUAUAUGGUGGGGAAUGUGUGGGAAAGGUGCAGUACAUCGUGGGGUGAAGAUGUGAGUACAUCAUCUUUUUCAUAUCCCUAUCAAGGAGAUGAUGGACGGGAAAAUGCAGAUGCGGAUGCGAAAAUUAGAAGGGUGAUAAAUGGAGGAUGUUUUGGUAGUUCGAGAGUAGAGGUUUCUUGUACGUGUCGUGGGAGUCUUGAACCGAUGGAAUGGCGGCGCGAGAAUGGCUUUAGAAUUGUGGUUGCAAAUACAGGAAAACAAAUUGAGUUGUUGGAGAUAUAG